CACACACACACACACACACACACACACACACAGAGAGAGAGAGAGAGCGCUCUACUGAUCCACACUGUUCCAGAACGAGCUGAACAUCAACAAACAGCAGCAGCAGCACCUGCAGACAUCCCGAACACAUCUGUAAGAUCCUCUCCUGACUGAACAUCUGUCCACAAUGGCCAGUGAAGAUCCGGAUAUAAACACAGUGCUCCAGACCUCUGGAGAAUCUACUUUAAAGAAAGCAGCUAAAAAAGCACAAAAACAAAUCGACCAGUUCUUUAAUGUCUCACUUCACAUCGCUGUGACCGGAGAGUCCGGCACGGGAAAGUCAUCAUUCAUCAACGCCAUCAGGGAGCUGGACAACGAUGAUGAAGGUGCAGCUAAAACUGGAGUGACUGAAACCACCACUGAACCAACAGCGUACGAACAUCCCACAAUGCCCAACGUGACCCUGUGGGACCUGCCAGGAAUCGGAACCCCAAAGUUCAGGGCUCGGAGAUACCUUAAAAACAUGCAGUUCAACAGGUACGAUUUCUUCAUCAUCAUCUCGUCCGAGAGAUUCAAAGAGAACGACAUCAUGUUGGCCAAAGAGAUAAAAAAAAGGAAAAAACUCUUUUACUUUGUGCGGUCAAAGAUAGACAACGAUCUCAGAGCAGAAGAAACAAAAACAAACUUUAACAAGGAAGAAACGCUCUCACAGGUCAAAAGGAACUGCCUGGAGAACCUGGUGGAGGUCGAAAAUCCCAAAGUUUUCCUCAUUUCUUCAGCGGAUAUUAAAGCGUUUGAUUUUGAAAAGCUUGUUGAAACUCUGAUGUCUGAUCUCCCGCAGCAUAAACAGCUGGCGCUGCUGCAGUCGGUGCCCAUUACCUCAGUGGCUAUGCUGAAGAAUAAAGUGAGGAUGUUUGAGAAGGCGGCGUGGGCUGCAGCACUGUGCUCUGGAGUCAUCGCAGCAGCUCCAGUUCCCGGUCUCUCAGUAGCCUGUGAUGCCAGCAUUCUCGUGGUGUUCUUUACCAGGUGCUUCUUCUCACUUGGCCUCGAUAAUAAAUCACUCAGUAGACUGUCGAAACGAGUGAAUAAGCCACAGCUGGAAUCAUCUAUCAAAUCCCCCCUGGUGGUGGCGCUGGCGGCCAAAUCCACAGCGAGGCUGUCUGUGUCUGCUGUAGCUGGAGGAGCAGUGCUGGAGUACCUGUGCACCCUGGUGCCUGGUGUAGGAAAUGCUGCAGCAGCUGGAGUAUCUUUUGUUUGUACAUUAACGCUUUUGAAGAACGGACUGAAAGAGCUUGAUAACGCAGCAAUGAUGGUGCUGAAGGAGGCGGGGCUACAGUGACCAGGUAACGAUCACCUGCACCAGAUAAAGGAGAUAAAGGUGUACUGAGUGAACCCUGCUCAUGGCCAAGUGCUACGAGGAUCAUUCAUUAUAAUCUAACUGAAGAAUCUUACAGAGUUUUAUUAGACAUUAGCUUUGAUCUUCUCCAGGUGGUGAUGUUCUUUUCGAUUGGAGCGUGCAGCUGGAGAUGUUUCUCAUCAACGCCUUGGGUGGUUCCAUGAAAUUCUGGAGUAAGAUCAGGAGCUUUGAGGAUUUGGACUGUAGUUAAUAUCUACAGUCAUCUACACUGACUCAGGACCACAGCUUCUUCUGAUCUCCAUCACUGCUCCUCAACAUCCAACACCCAUCAGAACAAUCAGAGUUUGUAUCCACAUACAGUCGUCUCGUUCCCUGUGGUCCUCUGUGGUCCACAGAUCAACAUAAUUCUCCCUUCAGUACACCUGAGCAGCUUUCCAGUUCAUUCUCACGUCCACAUGCAUGUAUUUUCUCCAGAACAAAUCAGUAGCUGCUCAAAGAGACCACCCUUUAUCUUCAUCUCUCUCUUCUCUGUUUGAGUUUCUCUCUGAAGCCCAAAGUCACUCUGGAAAGAAGCAUGCAGAUUAAUGCAAACUGUCUUGUUCAGCUUUAGACUGAAGAUCUGUGAAAAUGCACAAUGCAAAUUACAUGUUCCCUCUCCAAUCAACCGCUUCAUCAUCAUCUACCGCCCUCCUGGUCCCCUUGGAGACUUCCUAGAAAAGAUAGACACACUCCUAAAUACUUUCCCUUCUAACAGCACCCCUCUAACAGUUCUUAAUGACUUCAACCUCCCAUGCGACAAACUUCAGUCAUCUUGCCUCUUGACUCUUCUGAAUACAUUCUCCUUCACAUUUAACAGCUGCCUUCCCACUGUCUGAACUCAGAACCCGCCUCUGAGCGGACAUAUCAUGGGUGAUUUCUUUGUUGCAAUUGAUUCCCAGUGUAACACACUUAAUAAAAAAAAAUAAUAAUAAAAAAUUAAUAAUAAUAAUAAUAAUAAUAAUAAUAAUAAUAAAAUAGAGUAGAUGUUAAAAACCAAUAAAGGAUCUUCAGUCUCUGAUAAGGAAAAGCAAAAACUUCUUUAUUGCAGUUACGUUUAAUGAGCUCAAUAGAAGGUGGUCUCUUAAUCACACCAAAAUGAUCGAGCACACACACUCUUUAUACACACAUCUUUAUACCAUGGUGUCACAUGACACCUCUAUUUUUUCUAAUUACUUCACCUUAGCGAACUUAGCUUCAUUUUGUUAUCUUCUUUUACCUUCUCCUUUUCUCCUCCCCUCCUUGUGUGUCUAUAUUUGGACUUCCUGUUUUUCUCAGUUACCCUUAUUUUCUGCUUUUUAUUUUAUAAUUAAAAAAAAUAGCGUUUGUAUAAAACCUUCACAUUCCUCGGGUUAAGCUUAAUUUUAUUCCCAACCUUCGUGCGUGAAAAUCCAUGUAUGCAGCGAAUUUACCGUCCUGCAUCUGCGAUGUUUUACAUUUACAUUUACA